GAAUGUGCUUUAGCAAAAUAAAAGCUCGCUAGCUUUAACUGUUCUUACGUCAUCAAUCCGCGCCACGACUUUUCCCACCGAGGUGAAACGCGUAUACACGCGAAUUAAAUUGACAGUUCUUUGACAGUUUUUGUGAAUUAAAAAACAUGACUGCGGCUAUAACUCGCUGUAUCGGUCGGAUUUUAUCUCUGCAGACCGCUCCGAUAAGUGGUCUGGCAGAAAAUGGUGGCAUUCACAGUCCUUGGUUUACUGCAGCGAUGACACUAAGGACGUCUGCUCCGCUCAAUGCGGAGCCCAAAAAGAAGAAGAAAGUGGAUCCCAGAAGAGAGACGAUGAUGAGGGAAAGGCUAAAGAAGAGGUUGAAAAAGUUGGAGAAGGUUCCGCCAGAGCUGAUCCCAAUCGAGGACUUAAUCACUCCAGCCAAAUGUUUGGAUGAGACUAGGGUCCGCUCCACUCCCAGGCUGUCAAUUGAAGAAAGUGAAGACCGAGCUCUGUUGCUGAAGGAGUGGUCCCGAUACAAACAUGAGCAGCACUUGGCUGAGAUGGAAGCCAUCGAGCUUGCCCUCAAAGCCCAGAAGGAGGCACUGGAUGAGCUAAAGGCAGAAUCAGAAGAGCUUUACCAGGCAGCGCUGAAACCAGACCCCCUCUUGUUCUUUUUCUCCCACGAGGGCCCCUCUUCCACACCACCAAUCAGCAGUUAUGAAGCGCCCGAUGGGAAGUACACCGACGUCACAAAAGUCUACACGCAGUGAUGAGCGGGAAAAUGCAUUUUUUUUCAAUGGAAAAACAAUAGUCUUGGACUUUCACCUACUGGAUUAACAAAACAUGUAUGAACCAUCAAGCAAUCAUGCCAUCCAAUGAGGUUUGACUCUGUAUUAUGUAUGAAGCAUCAAAACAGCAAUAAAGACUAACCUGAGUUAAA